AUGGCCCAGUGGUCGACCUCUCUCUUCGAGGUCCUACGAAGCUUAGCGAUAUUUGCCACAACCGCGACGUCGAUAUGGCUGGUAAAUUUCAUUCGUCUGCACGUCCUUCACACCUCGACACUCGGACGUUACCUUCAUAACGGCAAACAUGGCAUUGACAGCAAGGAUAAUACCGGUUCCUGGGCAUGUGUGACAGGUGCGAGCGAUGGGAUCGGAUACUGUUUCGCCGAAGAACUCGCAUCGCGUGGCUUCAAUGUGGUUCUGCAUGGGCGAAACAAGGACAAGCUGCAAAAGCUUCGAGAUACACUACAGGCGCAGUACCCGUCACGUUCUUUCCAUCUCCUGAUCAUAGAUGCAUCAGAUCGGGACAGCUGGAACGCCCCUAUGACCGAUUUCGUUUCCGAGUUCGAGGAAUCCAACGCCCGAUUGACGGUACUAGUGAACAAUGUUGGAGGAGUUGCAGGUCCGUUUUAUAUGUUCGAGCCCAUGGGCGAGCGACCUGCUAAGUCAGUGAUCGCCCAUAUCGAUAUCAACGCCACUUUCCCGGCCGUUUUCACGCAUGCCCUCCUCCCUCUGCUGUCUAAAAACCAGCCAGCUCUGAUUCUAAACCUGUGCUCCUUUGCAAGCGUGUUCCCUCCACCGUAUCUAGCACUAUACUCCGGCUCAAAGGCAUUCAAUCAGGCCUGGAGCGAGGGCCUCGCCCGGGAGAUGGAGGCCGAGGGGCUAGAUAUCGAGGUCAUGGCUAUCAUGCUGGCUAGGGUCCGGUCGGCUAUAAAUCGGGGUCGAGAGUUCGACAACAUAACGGUUCCCACAAGUCAGGUGUUUGCUCGUGCAGCGUUGAAUAAAGUUGGAUGUGGAAGGCUGGUGGUGGUUCCUUACUGGGCGCAUGAGCUGCUAAUAGCGGCUGUCAAGGUUCUGCCAGGCUGGUUGACUUCUAAGAUGAUUGCUGCUGGUAUUCCUGAGGAGAUAGCAUGGGAGCGGCGCAACGAGAAUGGCAAAAAAUGA